GCUCCGACUUCCAGGCCCGGGAGCUCGGUCCGGGGGCCCGGAGGGAUGCGGCUCGCGCCGUAGGGGCCCGCGGGGGGCGGGGAGGCCGCCGUGAGGAGGCGGAGCUGUGAGCCCGCCAGUCCGCCCGGGCCGCCGCCGCCGCCACGAUCCCCUGCUCUCCUCCCCGCUCGCCACCGCACGCCCCCCCCGGGCCGGCUCGCCUCCGCCGCGGCCGCGGCGUCCGUCCCCCUGUAGCUGUGCUACCGGAGGAAGCGGAAGAAAGCGCAAGCCAUGGAGGGGAACCGGGAUGAGGCGGAGAAAUGUGUCGAGAUCGCCCGGGAGGCCCUGAACGCCGGCAACCGUGAGAAGGCCCAGCGCUUCCUGCAGAAGGCGGAGAAGCUCUACCCACUACCCUCGGCCCGCGCACUAUUGGAAAUAAUUAUGAAAAAUGGAAGCACUGCUGGAAAUAGCCCUCAUUGCCGAAAACCGUCAGGUUGUGGUGAUCAGAACAAACCUAAUUGCACAAAGGAUAGCACAUCUGGUAGCAGUGAAAGUGGAAAAGGCUACACCAAAGACCAAGUAGAUGGAGUUCUCAGCAUAAACAAGUGUAAAAAUUACUAUGAAGUACUUGGAGUUACCAAAGAUGCUGGUGAUGAAGAUUUGAAAAAAGCUUAUAGAAAGCUCGCUUUGAAGUUUCAUCCAGACAAAAACCACGCACCUGGAGCAACAGAUGCUUUUAAAAAGAUUGGAAAUGCUUAUGCUGUUUUAAGCAAUCCAGAAAAACGAAAACAAUAUGACCUCACAGGCAAUGAAGAACAAGCGUGUAAUCACCAAAACAAUGGUAGAUUUAAUUUCCAUCGAGGUUGUGAAGCUGAUAUAACUCCAGAAGACUUAUUUAAUAUAUUCUUUGGUGGUGGAUUUCCUUCAGGUAGUGUACAUUCAUUUUCAAAUGGGCGAGCUGGUUAUAGCCAUCAACAUCAGCAUCGACAUAGUGGACAUGAAAGAGAAGAGGAAAGAGGAGACGGAGGUUUUUCUGUGUUUAUCCAGCUGAUGCCCAUUAUUGUAUUGAUCCUCGUGUCAUUAUUAAGCCAAUUGAUGGUCUCUAAUCCUCCUUAUUCCUUAUAUCCCAGAUCUGGAUCAGGGCAAACUAUUAAAAUGCAAACAGAAAACUUGGGUGUCGUUUAUUAUGUCAACAAGGACUUUAAAAAUGAAUAUAAAGGAAUGUUACUACAAAAAGUGGAAAAGAGUGUGGAAGAAGAUUAUGUGACUAAUAUUCGAAAUAAUUGCUGGAAAGAAAGACAACAAAGUUACAUUGGACUAGUGGUUUUCAACUGGAAAGGAUGUGCCUCUGCUUCACGUUACAUCUGAAACAGAUAUGCAGUAUGCAGCGAAAGUAUACCGUGAUGAUCGGCUCCGAAGGAAGGCAGACGCCUUGAGUAUGGACAACUGUAAAGAGCUGGAGCGGCUGACCAGUAUUUAUAAAGGAGGAUGAACUGGGAUUGUCUUUAUACCUUUUAGCAUACUCUUUAUUUUUUCUGUAAGUAAGUUCAGUUUCGUCAUGAGAGCUAAAGAAAAAGAUUGGCUGUUAAAAACUACACUGAAUAGUUGGUCCCUGAAAUCUUGGAGUGUUUAUGACCUACUGGCUCUUUUAAAUAGUAGGGAACUGAAAACUAAAAUUAAUAUUUUAGUUAUGCUUCUGGUAAUUAUUUUCACUUUAAAAGCUUAUAUUAUUCCUAACUAAAAAUGUCUUGAGAAAGGAUUAUCACACCUGUAGCAGUUUCCAGUUUUAGUGAUUCUCCAUGUUUCCUUUAGUCAUGUAAAUAUUUAUGGAAUGAUCAUUUUGUGUACAUAUGGGUUACUGCAUUUUUAUUUAAAUUCUUUUAGCAUUUAACUCCAUGAGACACUUCAGUUUAAACUGAUAGAAUACAUGUUCUGUGACAAAAUUAUGUUUUUCUUGUCAGAUGUCGAAUGUUUGUGGAGUUUAAGCAAUGAAACUUUUUCGAAAAGAAAAGAAAAAACAAAAAGCUGUUUAACUGUGUAAAUCUUGUAGCAUUAUCAGCUUAGAGGGAAUUGAUAUUUUUAAUAUUGCCAUUAUAUUCCAGAAUAUAUACUGAGAUAAAUGAACUGGUGUAGAGUAUCAGUUUGCUAUUUAGUUUUAUGAAUUGCUAAGCCAUGCAUAGAAAUGAAAUGCUAUACUGAUAGAUUUUAAAGAAAACAUGAGGAAGUGGUUAUGUAGAUAUUAAACAAAAAGGGUCUUCAACAGUAAAUUGCAGUUAUGUCAUUUGCAAUUCCAGUAAUUCAAAGGCCCCCAUGUGUUUGUGUAUCUGCCUUUGAAGGCUGCUAAGAUUUAUGAAGAAGAGGACCCACCUGUUUUGCCCACCAUGGAAAUUUUAGUUUCUUCUUAGUGAUCAUUUGAGCAAGAUCCAAAGUAAAUGGGUUCUUUGACAAAUGUGUAAUAAGAGAAAAAGACUACAAAAAUGAAGCUUUGUGCCUUUUAACCUGAUUGCCAACUCUUAAACAUCUAAGUAGAUGACAGCACCCUUACUUGAUCACAGCAUGAUCUAUUUGGGCCACAUGCAACAGUGAGCAGAAAUAUAGCAGCAGGUAGCAUAGUGUCUUAUAGCAAGUUAUCCUUACAAAAUUCUGAGCUAAAAACUAUUCGCCGUUGAGUAAUUCAAUUAAUCUUAUAGGAAUAAACUCUCUGUAAUUCAAUCCAUAAUAUAAAUUAGAAAAAUAAGCUGGAAAUUGAAGUUUUUGGUGCCUGUAUAUUGAGUAUGAAACAUUUGAUUUCUAGUCGUCUAUAUUUAACAAUUGUAAUAUUUUAAUGAUUUUGCUUCACACUCAGUUAAUGGAACACAAAUGCAUCUUUGGUAGUUUUUUUGUAUGUGAGAGCAUGCUAGUUCUAGCGGCAGCAUUCUUGUGUUUAAAGAUUUUUUUUCUGACUGUAGUUGAUUUUAUAGCAUUGGUUGAAUAAAACUGCUAAAAUGACCAUUCUUUUUAAAAUGUUCUCUUGCAUCCCCUUUUCCAGGUGAAUCAGUAGAAAUACCUGAAUGAAUUAGUGAGUUAAACUAAACAACAUACCGCCCUAGGAAAACUGGACAGCUUCACCAGUUUUCUUUUAGAAAUGCAACUUUUAAAUAAAAAAAAAAAAAUAGCAGUGCUUAAAAGAAAAUACAAAUUUAAAUAUGUUCUUGAGCCUGCAGAAUGAAUUUUUAGAAAAUAAGGUCAUAGCAUUCUAAUUAACUUUGAAAGUUCAUAUACAUCCAAAAACAUAGAAAACUUUAAAUGAAAAAAAUUCAUCCGUUUAUUUUUCCAGUUUUAAUGGGAAAUUUACUACUGUGAUUAACACUAAUGUGAAUUGAACCCUUGUUGAGUGAUUCUUUUUCCCUUAAUCUUGGCUUUAUGGGGAUAGAUGAAGUUAUCAAGUUAAGUGAAGUUAUAUAUUAUGAAGUCAUAUAUGGCUUUUGGACAGUAUUAUAUUUCAGUUGCAUUGCUGCAUUCCAUCACAUUUUGUAAAAUAUUCGGGGAAAUGUGUUUGAUAAAAUUUUCAAACAACUGUGCGAAAUAACUGAUCGAGUGCCUGAUAACUUAAGCCACACAUAAAGUAUGCAAGGAAAGAUUAAGUCCUUAAUGUCAUCUAUAUUUUGGUGUAAAGGCCCAACCAAGUGUCUUAGAAUUUUGGGUUAGUUUUACAAAGUAAGAAGACUAGAGCUAUCUUGAAAUGUAAGAUUUUCAUGUUUGCUAUUCUUACAAUAAAAAUCCCAACAUUUUUGCCAUCUUAUUUUUACUA